UUAUGAAUCAAAUACCGCCCUUUCACAGUAACCUGCAACGUCACCAAAGUUGUUUCAAUGGCUUCAAUUACCCUGUCGGCUCUCUUUCUUCCGUCUUCGAGGGACCGCUCUCUCGUUUUACCAGCUCGUCGUACACGCUAUAGAGGAAGAGAAACCUUUUGUGCAGGUAGAUUGAGAUGUUCUGCAACGGGGGAACCUCAACAGCACCCAAAGGUUCCCAAUCCCAAUAAAUCCGUGAGACCUCUGAAGAAGAAAAGCUCUGCUGAUGGAGAUAGUGGAGUCGACCCUGCUGGUUUCCUCACCAAACACGGCAUUUCUCACAAAGCAUUCGCUCAGUUUCUUCGUGAGAGGUAUAAAUCCUUGAAGGACCUCAAAGCUCAGAUCUUGACUCGCUUCGCUAGUAUAAUGGAGAUGUCUUCUGGAUAUGAGUUAUUGGGUGUGCAUCGCAAUGUGCAUCAUCGGCUAGAUUUCAUGGAGUGGGCUCCAGGUGCUCGCUACUGUGCACUGGUAGGUGAUUUUAAUGGGUGGUCGCCGACUGAGAACAGUGCAAGAGAGGGUCACUUUGGCCGAGAUGAUUAUGGGUAUUGGUUAAUCAUUAUUGAAGACAAACUCAGGGAGGGAGAAAAACCUGAUGAUUUAUAUUUUCAGCAGUACAACUAUGUAGAUGGCUUUGAUAAAGGUGACAGUGGUGUUACCAUUCAAGAAAUUUUCAAGAAGAUGAAUGAUGAGUAUUGGGAACCUGGAGAGGACCGGUUUAUUAAAUCACCUUUUGAGAUUCCGGCCAAGUUAUAUGAGCAGAUUUUUGGUCCUAAUGGGCCCCAAACGGAAGAGGAACUGGAAGAAAUACCAGAUGCGGAAACAAGAUAUAAAGCAUGGAAAGAACAGCACAAAUAUGAUCCUCCAAGCAACUUACCUCCCUUUGAUGUGAUAGAUAACGGAAAGGAAUAUGACAUUUACAAUGUUGUAGAUGAUCCUGUUUGGCGAGCGAAGUUUCGUGCUAAGAAGCCUCCUGUGGCAUAUUGGUUAGAGAUGCGAAAAGGAAGGAAAGCAUGGUUAAAAAAAUACACUCCAGGCAUACCUCAUGGAAGUAGGUACAGGGUUUAUUUCAACACUCCCAGCGGACCUUUGGAACGAGUUCCUGCUUGGGCUACUUAUGUGUUUCCCGAUGGAGAAGGAAAGCAAUCUUAUGCUGUGCACUGGGAGCCACCUCCUGAAAGUGCAUACAAAUGGAAAAGCAUGCGCCCUAAAGUGCCAAAGUCUCUUCGUAUAUAUGAAUGCCAUGUUGGAAUUAGUGGAUCAGAGCCAAAAGUUUCAUCUUUCAAUGAAUUCACUUUGAAGGUCCUUCCGCAUGUAAAAGAAGCAGGGUACAAUGUAAUUCAGUUGAUUGGAGUUAUUGAGCACAAAGAUUAUUCUUCUGUCGGUUACAGAGUGACAAAUUUGUUCGCUGUUAGCAGUCGAUUUGGCACUCCUGAUGACUUCAAGCAUUUGGUUGAUGAAGCACAUGGGCAAGGGUUGCUGGUUUUCUUAGAUAUAGUCCAUUCCUACUCAGCUGCAGAUGAGAUGGUUGGAUUGUCACUAUUUGAUGGAUCAAAUGAUUGCUACUUUCAUACUGGUAAACGAGGACAUCACAAAUACUGGGGUACUAGAAUGUUCAAGUAUGGAGAUCUUGAUGUGCUACAUUAUCUUCUUUCAAAUCUGAAGUGGUGGGUUGCAGAGUAUCAAGUUGAUGGUUUUCAGUUCCAUUCGCUUUCAUCCAUGAUGUAUACACAUAACGGUUUUGCUUCUUUUACUGGUGACAUGGAAGAGUAUUGUAAUCAGUAUGUUGAUAAGGAUGCUUUGAUAUUCCUGAUCUUGGCAAAUGAGAUGCUGCACGAGCUUCAUCCUGGUAUUAUAACAAUUGCUGAAGAUCCAAGAAGGCUUCUUCUUUUCUCUCUUUCUCUUCUCUUUUCCUCACAUUACUAUUUACAGGUACUGUUCAUGACCCCAAAACAGAACUAUGUAUUUUCUCUUUCUUCUUUUCUUUAUUCUAUUUUUUUUUCCACAUCACAGGCUGCUGAAAUCACAAACCGGCAAGCCUUUUCAACCCUGUUUGUUCAAGAACACAGUUCAGAUAUGUGCUUGUGGAGCAAAGAAUGGUACUACCAAUUAUUGCAGAGAAAACCUAGUGAUUUCGAAGUACUUUCACUCUCUGGAAGAUAUUUCUUAUACAUUAUUGUUUUCACUGACAUGAUGAAGUUGGAUGAAUAUGAGAGAAUGCUUUCAAGAGCUACAGCCAACAUCCACCAUAUAAAUGACACUACCAUGGUGAUAUCUUACAUGAGAGGUCCCUUCCUCUUUGUAUUCAAUUUUCAUCCUAAGAGUUCCUACCCAAGAUACAGUAUAGGUGUAGAGGAAGCUGGAGAGUUUCAGGUAAUACUGAAUACUGAUGCAAUCAAAUAUGGCGGUGAAGGACACAUUAAAUCUGAUCAGUAUACUCAGAAAACCAUUAGCAAAAGAGUUGAUGGUCUCCGAAACUGCUUAGAGAUUCCACUACCUCGUAGAAGUGCUCAGGUUUAUAAGUUGACUCGAAUUUUAAGAAUAUGAGCUGUUCUGCUUUGCCAAGUGAAUUUUCUGUGCAGAUGCUUUUGUCAAGGAACAUUAGCACUUGGUCCCUUUGCUAAUUUCAUCUUCGGAGACUCUUCCUUGCCUCCUUGGUCUCUUGCUCUCCUUUCACAGACAAAAUACUGAUCAAGAGACCUGAUCAAGGGAGAUAUAUGUGCCAGAUCUCAAAUGAUUUCAUAAUGGGUGCAAUAUGCAUCUUGGUCCAAAUGUAUUCUCGAAUGGUAUUGUUGCAUUAGUUAUUGAAUGGCUAAUCCUGCUGGUUGACCCAUUCAAAGGAUGCAUGUCGAUGUACAUUUGCAACUGUCUACUGAAAUUUAAGGAAGCCAGUGAUUUUUGAAUCUUAUGAAGAGAAGUCUGCAGCUUCCUCUGAUUGGAAACAUGAUGGUGUCUGAUCCUAAGCCUCUCAAAUGCCUUUUCCUUUUUGUCCUUUUUCUCAAGAUGGGUUUAUCUGUACUGAAACUUCUAACCAUUUGAGAUUGCUUCUGGGGUGUGAUAGAAAUCAAAAGUUUCAUGUUUUAUGGCUUUGAA